AUGUUUUCAAGAGCCAUAAUAAGAAACUCCAAACAAGUGUUUAGAUUACAAUCCUUGAACACACUUAAGCCAUCGAAUAUUGGUUUGCUUACGCAGGCCCCGCUUUGCAACAUAUCUCCACUAUCAACACCACAACAGCAACAGCAACAGCACAAAAGAUUAUACCAUGAAAAAGUUAUAGACCACUAUGAGAAUCCAAGAAAUGUAGGAACAUUAAACAAGAAUGAUACAGAUGUAGGUACAGGUCUCGUUGGCGCGCCGGCAUGUGGUGAUGUGAUGAGAUUGCAAAUAAAAGUUGAUGAGAAAACGGGCAAGAUUGAAGACGUCAAAUUCAAGACAUUUGGUUGUGGUUCUGCUAUUGCCAGCAGUUCAUAUGCUACAGAACUAGUUAAGGGUAAAACUUUGGAUGAGGCUCUUGCCAUCAAAAACACUUUUAUAGCCCAGGAAUUAAGUCUACCACCUGUUAAACUACACUGUUCUAUGUUGGCUGAAGAUGCAAUCAAAUCAGCUGUAAGGGAUUAUAGAUCAAAAAGAAGCAUUAAAAAACCUACUUUGGGACCAGAGGCAGUUGCAUCUGAGCCUGCCGUUGCCGCAACCGCUUAA